AUGUUGGGAGGGGCACAACUGGCGGGUCUGGGAGCCCUGAAACCGAAGAAGUCCAAGCCGCCCAGCCCUGGAACCGAAGAAGUCCAAGCCGCCCAGCCCUCAAACCGAAGAAGUUCACGCCGCCCAUCCCUGGAACCGAAGAAGUCCACGCCACCCAGCCCUGGAACCGCCGAAGUCAACACCGCCGGCCAGCCCUGGAACCGAAGAAGUCCACGCCGCCCAGCCCUGGAACCGAAGAAGUCCACGCCACCCAGCCCUGGAACCCCCGAAGUCUCACCGCCGGCCAGCCCUGGAUCCGAAGAAGUCCACGCCACCCAUCCCUGGAACCGCCGAAGUCAACACCGCCGCCCGGUCUUGGAACCGCCGAAGUCAACACCGCCGGCCAGCCCUGGAACCGAAGAAGUCCACGCCACCCAUCCCUGGAACCGCCGAAGUCAACACCGCCGCCCAGUCUUGGAACUGCCGAAGUCAACACCGCCGCCCAGUCUUGGAACCGCCGAAGUCAACACCGCCGCCCAGUCUUGGAACCGCCGAAGUCAACACCGCCGCCCAGUCUUGGAACCGCCGAAGUCUACACCGCCGCCCAGUCUUGGAACCACCGAAGUCCAUGCCGCAUCGAUUUUUGUACCCGCCCUGGAACCGCCAAUAUCCACGCCGCCCAGCCCUGGAACCGUCGAAGUCGACACCGCCGCCCAGUCUUGGAACCACCGAAGUCCAUGCCGCCCUGGAACCAUAUAUAUUGUUUAG